CCUGCAGUCGACGAGUUGGUCCUAGCGUAGAAGAGGGAGGGAAAGCGUAGUGUAUGCGUAAACGAACGUGAGAGAGGGAGAAAGAGAAAGAGAAAGAAAGACCAACAGACGAGCCGUAGAAGAAGUAAGAGGGGAGGGAGAUAGAGAGAGAGAGAGAGAGAAAGAAAGAGGAGAAGGAGCGCGAGAGAAAUAGAGAAAGGGCGCGCAGGAAGGAGAAAGAGAAAAGCAAAAGGGAGCAACGCCGGUAGAACGCGCGGUGUGUCCUCAUGUCGUACGGCGUUUCUGAACGCGGCCAUUACGAGAUAGCUGCUCGGUGACGCUCGGUGUGUUAGAGGACGGUCGUAGUACAGCAUUGUCGUACAGUCGUGCGUGUAGUAAUUUUCGAAGGUACAGAACGCCGCGCGCUUCUUUCGAUCAAGCACGUGCUCGUUCACGUUUUCGCUUAUAAAAAAGAGCAGCCAACGCGCGGCACAGGCACACACGGUGGUCGUUGCACCGCUUUCAACUACGAAGAGCGUGAAAGGAAGGAAAAAAAAAGAAAAAAGAAAAAAAGAGAGAAACAAAGCGCGCGCAAAAGAAAAUAAAGAAAGAAACCGAGAUCACGCGACUGUUGAGAAAGGAAAUACACGACGAACGACUAAUCGGCACCACGGCGUCACGUCGCGUUAUUCAACGAAAUUCUUGAUAUCAUUGUGAUCGUUGUUUUUAAUAAGAAGAAAGAGAAAACGAGUGCCGGAACGAAUUAAUCAACUACGAUCGACGAAGAACUACAGGAAGAGAAAAUAAAUUUAAGAAAUAUCGACGAUCGGCAAAAAAUACAGCAGCCAUGUUCGACGUUUUUGGCUCGGUGAAAGGUCUACUCAAGCUAGACAGUGUGUGCAUCGACAAUAAUGUCUUUCGAUUGCACUAUAAAGCAACCGUGAUCGUACUAAUCGCUUUCUCCUUACUUGUAACCUCAAGGCAAUAUAUCGGCGAUCCGAUCGACUGCAUCGUCGAUGAAAUACCGCCCCACGUGAUGGACACUUAUUGCUGGAUCUAUUCGACCUUUACAAUCCCGAACCGUGGCGGCGUCGUUGGUAUGGACGUUGUACAACCAGGUGUACGAAGUCACGUCGAAGGCGUCGACGAUAUUAAAUACCACAAGUAUUAUCAGUGGGUAUGUUUCACCCUCUUCUUCCAAGCGAUACUCUUCUACGUGCCACGUUAUCUUUGGAAAACUUGGGAAGGUGGCAGAAUAAAAAUGCUCAUGCUCGAUCUAAAUUGUCCAGUUGCAAACGAGGAAACGAAAUGCGAGAGACGAAAAUUACUCGUAGAUUAUUUUGCCUUGAAUUUGCAUUCCCAAAACUUCUAUGCAUUCCGAUUUUUCUUCUGCGAAAUUUUAAACUUCAUCAACGUAGUCGGACAAAUAUAUUUCAUGGACUUUUUCCUGGACGGAGAAUUCUCGACGUAUGGAGCGGACGUCGUCAAAUUCACGGAAUUAGAGCCUGAAGAUCGGGACGACCCUAUGUCCCGCGUUUUCCCGAAGGUCACCAAAUGUACCUUCCACAAAUAUGGUGCGUCCGGUACCGUACAAAAAUUCGACGGUCUCUGCGUUCUACCGUUGAACAUCGUCAAUGAGAAAAUCUACGUGUUUCUCUGGUUCUGGUUCAUUAUUCUGUCGAUUUUAAGCGGUCUUAGCUUGGCAUAUCGCGCUGCCGUCGUCGCAGGACCGAGGCUACGUUUGAUGUUAUUACGCACACGUUCUCGCCUAUCAGAAAAGCACGACAUCGAAACGAUCGCUCAAAAUUGUCAAAUAGGCGAUUGGUUCGUUCUUUAUCAACUUGGUAAGAACAUCGAUCCGUUGAUCUACAAACAGCUCGUAUCCGACUUGGCCUUGAAGCUACAAGGUAAAGAGUCUGUUUAGAGCCAGUUUGUCGUAGGACAUCAUCAUAGGGGUUAUAUUUUUUUGCUCAAGAUCGUAAAAAUCGAUCUUACGGUGCAAAAUGGGAUCCCCCCAAGAACAACGAAAAUAUCCAUUAAUAUCGUCGUUUUUUAUCUUUGACGAAAGAAAAAGAAAGAGAAAGAAAGUCGAAGACGUAUCAUGGAAGAUCUUUUCAUGGAAGUCCCACCAAUCGCAAGAGUCCUUUUCUUGCUCAAUCCUCCCGUGAUUUUUUUUUUCUUCCUUUAAUAAUCAUGAUGAUUAUUCGAAUAAUUUUUUCCACGAAAGGAUUGAGCCAUAUCUAUAUAAUGACACAUGCUUCUCGAUAGCGCUUUAAAAAAAUAAAAAAAAAAUAAAAAAAUAAAAAAAAAAAGAACUGUUAAUCAAACGCAUAGCGCUGAUUAUUUUUGUAAUCUUGCUUUCUUUUCUUUCUUUUUUCCACGCUUAUUCUAUUUUUCCGUUUGAUUUAUGAUCUAUCAUAAUUCUUAUUUUACUUUGAGAAACGGACUCUUGCGAUUGCCAUUCGACAAUCUGAUCUAUCCUUCGCACGUCGAUCGCCUUAUAUAAAAAAUUCUACAGGUAGAUUCAGGCGAUGAAAAAAGAACAAGAACAAGAGAAACAACUCAUGGAUAUAGAAUUUUUAAAAAAAAGAAAAAAAAAAAAAGAAAAAAAAGAAAAAAAAGAAGAAAAAUGUACGUUAGAUCAACGAUUAGUUAGUUCGAUCGCUUCUCGCCUUUCAUACUGCGCCAAGCAUAUAUAGAAAAAAAAAAAAAAAUCUUGUUUUGCAUUUGGUUCGUAAACUUUCGAACAAAAUAAAAAAAAAAAAAAAAAGAAGGAAACCCCCAUAGCAUACAUUAUGGAGAAAGUGUGAAGGCUCUCGAGUAGCGAUCGAAAAAACGAUUUCGUAUACGUCAUCGUAGAUAUAUAUUUUAAGUAUUUCUGGAACUCGUAGACCUUCGCCGGUCUCCGAUCGUGUGAUAAAAUGGAGGGACGGCGUUUGUUCUUUUUUCUUCCUUUUCUCUCCCCCACUUUUCUAUCCUUUUUAUCUUCUUUUAUUUUCCUUUCCUUUAUCUUUUCACGAACCACCGGUACACUACUAUGGUCAAGUUGUUCCAUCCCAACCAUCCUGUGUGUCCAUCUCUAAAGAUCCUUUUUUCCUUUCUUAUCUUCUUUCUUCCUCAUUGUUUGCUGCUUUACUUUAAGACUAAAAUAUUUGCACUGCCGAUGGGACAACUCAAAGAAGGAAACGCGAAAAAGAUUUUUUUUUCUCUCAUUCUCAUGACGUAGUGGAUGUUAUUGUCGCCGUUUAACAUUCCAUUCGUUUCUUUUUGAUUUUUCUUACUUUUUAAUCGCACGGAUAUAUACGAGAUUAAUCUUUAUAUUAUGUUUCAGGAAAACAGAUAAAGUUUCUCGAUGAUAUUCGUUUGGUAAAAGUAAGAGAAAAGAAAAUAAUGAAAUCCUUCAUCAUUUAAUAUAAUCUUAUUUGAUGAAGCUUUUCCAUUUUCGCGUUACACGCCAUUUUCUUCUUGGGCUCCUUUUACAGAGACCUCUGUUUUUCCCCACCACGCCGUCCUUCCAGAAAAGCGUUGUUCUUUUUUCCUAUCAAUUUUUUUUUUUUUUUUUUUUUUUUUUUUUAUAUAGUAAGCAAUAGGAUCAUAUUGUAUUGUAUAUUGUAGGUCGUCCUUUAUCUAUACGGGAAAGAUAAAUAUAUAUUAUAUAUAUAUAUAUA